AUGGCCUCAUCAUCUCAUUUCGCUGAAAGCGAGUUUCUCGCAUGCGAGAUCCAUCCCGAGAGCACUCUCCCACUUCUCAGCUACUUCCUCAAGUGCAAGGAAAACAAUCAAAGCGGUUCCAGGACGUUGUUCCAGGAAGUCAAAGCGGAUAUCGGUAAAGCGGAGCGUCCCAUCCCUGAUGAGUCCGAGCAGCUGCAGGAUGUUCUUCUCGCCCUCAUGAAAGAUGGCCCAGGCAAGCCAGGCGAGAAACUCCCUUGGACUCCAUCAGUCACUAUAGUUGGGGCUGGAGUCUCUGGCCUUUGUGCCGGUUACGAGUUGAAGAAGGCUGGAUUUAGAGUCACGAUUCUUGAAGCCUCUUCACGAGUAGGUGGCCGAGUCAAGACCUUCCGAGAACCGACCUUUGCACAUAGACUUCACGGCGAGGGCGGUGCUAUGCGAAUCCCAGCCAAUCACUACUUGUUGCACAAAUACAUCGAUGACUUUGGUCUUAAAGACGACCUUUUCGAAUUUGAGAUGAAAAACAAGUUCAUUUAUAUCUCCGGCUAUGGCGAGACCCUGACCUACGAUCGUUUCAAUGAGCUUUUGCAAGAGAAGGAUGAUAAACUUCUCUCUCUUUUCCCCGGCCUUCGCGAUUGUGAGAAGGGCAAGACGUGCGAUAAACUCUUUACAGAAGCAGUAGAACUAGUCGUGGACGACUUCUGGAAAGCCUACGACAAAGCGAAAGAUGAGGUGCAUGUUCCCGAAAAGAUUCAAAUCAAAGCCAUCAAGGCAGCAUAUGCCGAGAUCACAACAAAGUACGAUAGCUACACCCUGAGAUCCUACCUGACAGAUGUUGCGGGAUGGACCGAAGAUGCUCUGAACCUCUACGAUCUUGGUAAUGCGCAUGUCGUCUUUGAUAAUGGCUUCAUUGAGUCUUUCAAGGAUGCCUUUCUGUCAAGCAACAAGGGUGGUGAACAGGCCGGUAUGGAGCAGCUCCAACAGGGAAUGGAUGCUGUGCCCAACGGCUUCGUUUCCAGUGCCAGGGGACAGAAUUCGUUGGUUGAUGAUAUCAUCUACGGUGCUCGUGUUACUGAGAUUGGUCUUGAUGAGCCAAAAGAUCCACAAAUCCCCCAUCAAGCACCAGUUAAGGUCACUUACGAAGUCACCGCUAACAGCUUGAGGAAAUCUAUCAAAUCAGAUUAUCUCAUUCUCGCCAUUCCAUAUACCGCGCAGAGAACAAUUGCCAAGACGAGGUCUUUCGUACCGAAGCAGGAAAUGGCAGUCCGCGAUGUCCGGUACGUGGAGGUGACCAAAGUCCUCCUCCAGUACAAGAAAAGAUGGUGGGAGAAGGUCUUCGAAGGUGCUGGCCAAGACCGGGACGGCGGUCUGGUCAGCGACCUACCCAUUCGCUAUACAAUGUUUCCAAAGUCGGCCAAAAACAGCCAAUUCGAGCAUUCAAACCGUGGAGUCAUCAUGGCAGCGUACACUUUCGAGCAAGACGCCACUAUCCUCGGCGCACUCUCACCCGAGCGGAGGAUUCAGAUUGCUGCCGAGAAUCUGCACAGGAUAUUCCCCAAAGCAAACUCCCUCGAGCUUCUCGAGGCCGGAGCAUCACAAGUCUUCCCUGCCGAUGAGCUGGCGGGUGGAAGUGCCUUUUGCUAUUUUGGCCCCAUGCAGAAGACCAAGUUCUUGGAUACUAUGCAGAAGCCUGAUUGGGAGGAUAGGGUUUUCUUUGCGGGUGAACAGGCUAGUUUCACACAUGGAUGGAUUCAAGGUGCUUUUGAAGCGGGUCUUCGAUGUGUUCAGCAGAUUUGGGCUGUUGCUCUUGAGGGUAGGGCACAGUAG